AAUGAAUGGAGGCGCAGAUGCGGGCAGAGGAGACGACUUUCCGAACCGGUUAACGGAGAGCGACAAACCGAGCGGAGAGUCUGCAAGCACCGACAUCUCUCAUCCCUGCAGCUGAAAUGGAGAAUACAGUGACAGAUUUCUCAGGCAAAUGGAAAAUGAAGUCUUCGGAAAACUUCGAGGAACUUUUGAAAGCACUCGGUGUGAAUGUGUUCCUGAGGAAAAUUGCAGUGACAGCGGCCUCCAGCCCGGCGGUGGAAAUCACCCAGCAGGGGGAGAGUCUGUCCAUCAAGACGUCCACCAGCGUCCGAACCACCCACGUGUCCUUCACCGUGGGUCAGUCCUUCAACGAGGCCACGGUGGACGGACGCCCCUGCACGAGUUUUCCGAAGUGGGAGACGGACAGAAAGAUCAGCUGUGAACAGACUUUACAGAAAGGCGACGGGCCUAAGACGGCGUGGACGCGAGAGCUGACCAAUGAUGGAGAGCUCAUACUGACGAUGACUGCCGGGGACGUCGUCUGCACCAGAGUUUACGAGCGGGAAUGAGGAAAUAUUCUCAGCACUGUCAUACAAUACUUCUGUUUUGUGCCUCAUGCAUGGUUUACAUUUACUCGCCUUGUUUUCUUCCUUCUCCCAGCCAGUCGGUCAGCUCAAACGUUGCCUUUUUAAACAGCAAGACUUGCUCUCUCUGUGUCGUAUAGACAUGUUACACAUUCCUUUUUUUAAAAAGAAAAAUGCUUUAUUGCAGUGUCCAAAUCCUUUUUAAGAGAUGUUAUUAAACUGUUUUAUACGAG